UGAUUGAUUGAUUUCUCUCGUUUUAAGUCACUAACCUAUAGAGGUUAUGCUGACUACGCCUACGCACAAAAGGGCUCAAAGGACGCCAAAAUUAAGAGAAGGGAACAGGGUAUCACAGAACCACGGGCAGGUGGCAUAAGUCGACAGAAAAGAACGGUUCGGGCGCGGAUGACGAGGGCGUAGCCCACCACGGCGCUACGAACCAUGGCACGAAGCUGCCAACGAAAAAGGAGCCCUAGAAAGCUCCUCAACAACGACGAUGGUCAUCGAAAAGGGCGCAAACAACACCAGCAAAAGGGCAGUGAGGGCGGACAGCUAUAGACGCUGCGCGCGAGACCCACAGGUAUAAAACGGAGUCUCUUGCCUGCGCUCCUAGUCCACCACAUCUUGCACAAUAUUCGAUCGAGCAGCUCACACUACACACGAACGAUGGCACCUCCGAUUCUCCUCUCCACAACACGGAACUCCUAUGCGAGCUUACGGGGUAUAGACGCAGUUAUAUUUAAUAAGCUCUGCAACAGGAGGCUAGGGGGAGCUAGCAAGGAUUGCAAGCCUAGCUCUAUUAAGCACGACACCACAAGGGCAUUGCAGUUCCUUAAUAUAGAUGCCCCUCCGUUCUAAAGCAUUAACUAACGCAAAGCAGAGAAGAGAAACACUCUAAGCGACACUAACUACAUCCUUAAACAGAAAGAGUUCGUUAAAGGUCUGCUUCGGAAAACGCAGAAGGACAAGAGCUACAACACCAAGGAGAAGAAGGCCAUUGAGG